AUGGAGGCCAAAGGCUUAGGAACCAAGAAGGGGCCGGGAGGGAAACUCAGCGGCUCUGUCCGAAGGAUGAGCAGUUCCUUCCAACGUACUUCUCUGAAGGGUUCCAUAUCUGGAUCCCAGAAGGGUCAAAAAGCCUGGAUAGAGAAGACCUUUUUCAAGAGAGAAUGCUGCCGCAUCAUUGUCAACAGCAAAGAUCCUACCAGGUGCUGCUGCGGUCAACUCCUCCUUCAACACAUCCCCAUUCCGGUUGAAGCUGCAAGCAAGGAUGGAGAAGAUGCAACAAAGCAGUCGGAGGCCCAGCCAGAAAAAUGGUCCAUCAGUAAACACACCCACGCUCUCCCCACCGAUGCCUUUGGAAAUCUGGAGUUCCAAGGUGGAGGUCAUAUCAAUAAGUCCAUGUACAUCCGAGUGUCCUAUGAUACCAAGCCGGACUUGCUGCUCCAACUCAUGGUGAAGGAAUGGCAACUGGAGCUCCCCAAGCUCCUAAUAUCCGUCCACGGGGGGCUCCAGAACUUUGAGCUGCAGCCCAAACUUAAGCAAGUGUUUGGGAAGGGGCUCAUCAAGGCUGCCAUGACCACGGGGGCCUGGAUUUUCACUGGAGGAGUCAGUACAGGAAUCAUUCGCCAUGUCGGAGAUGCCCUGAAAGACCACUCUUCCAAGUCCAGAGGACGCAUCUGUGCUGUUGGCAUUGCCCCGUGGGGCAUUGUGGAAAACAAGGAAGAUUUGCUUGGCAAAGAUGUGAGCCUUGCCCCACAUUUCUGGGGAGUUUUUAACCAAGGGGCUGUGGAAGCCUCCCUCAUGCCCUUGCUUACCCCAAAUCACAUAAUAAAUGAAUCUCUUCGGGACCAGCUGCUGGUCACCAUUCAGAAAACAUUCAACUACAGUCGGAGUCAGGCCCACCAGCUCUUUGUGAUUCUCAUGGAGUGUAUGAAGAAGAAAGAACUUGCUAAAGCUCUUAAACUUCUAGGCAUGGAGGAUGAUGAGCCUCCCACCAAAGGGAAGAAAAAGAAGAAGAAGAAGAAGGAAGAAGACAUUGACAUCGAUGUGGAUGAUCCGGAAGUCAGCCGUUUCCAAUACCCGUUCCACGAGCUCAUGGUUUGGGCGGUCUUGAUGAAGAGACAAAAAAUGGCCCUCUUUUUGUGGCAGCGUGGAGAAGAAGCCAUGGCCAAAGCUUUAGUGGCCUGUAAGCUCUACAAAGCCAUGGCCCAUGAGUGUAUGGAGAGCGAGCUUGUGGACGAUAUCUCUCAAGAUCUGGACAACAACUCCAAGGAUUUUGGCCAGCUGGCUGUGGAGCUGCUGGACCAGUCCUACAAGCAUGAUGAGCAGGUGGCCAUGAAACUCUUGACCUAUCAGUUGAAGAACUGGAGCAACUCUACUUGCCUGAAACUCGCAGUGGCAGCCAAGCAUCGGGACUUCAUUGCACACACUUGCAGCCAGAUGCUUUUGACUGACAUGUGGAUGGGAAGGCUGCACAUGCGUAAAAACCCAGGUCUUCAGGUCAUCAUGGGGAUCCUCCUCCCUCCCACCAUCCUCCUCCUGGAAUUCCGGACCAAUGACGAGUAUCAAACAUCCGGUGAAAAAGAAGUUGGGAAGGAAAAGGAGGAAGAGAAUGCGGAUGCCAAUGCCGAUGCUGGAUCACGAAAAGGAGAUGAAGAGGGCGGGAAGACUAAGCAGAAGGGCCUUCCCAUUGGAACCAAGAUCUACGAAUUCUAUAACACACCAAUUGUGAAGUUCUGGUUUUAUACAAUAUGCUACCUGGGCUACUUAAUGCUGUUCAAUUACAUCAUCCUGGUCCGGAUGGAACGGUGGCCCUCAAUCCAAGAAUGGGUUGUCAUCUCCUACAUCUUGACUCUGGCUUUAGAGAAGGUCAGGGAGAUUUUGAUGUCAGAACCAGGGAAGCUAAGCCAGAAAAUCAAAGUGUGGCUGCAGGAAUAUUGGAACAUCACGGACUUGGUGGCCAUCUCUGUGUUUCUGAUCGGAGCUGUCCUCCGCUUGCAAAACCCGCCUUACAUGAGUUACGGAAGAGUGAUCUAUUGCGUGGACAUCAUUUUCUGGUACAUCCGCGUCCUGGACAUCUUUGGUGUGAACAAAUACCUGGGACCCUACGUCAUGAUGAUUGGGAAGAUGAUGAUUGACAUGCUGUAUUUUGUGGUCAUUAUGCUGGUGGUCCUGAUGAGUUUCGGGGUGGCCCGCCAAGCCAUCCUCCACCCCGACGAAGAACCCACCUGGAGACUGGCCCGUAACAUCUUCUACAUGCCCUACUGGAUGAUUUAUGGAGAGGUCUUUGCUGACCAGAUAGACCUCUACGCCAUGGAGAUCAAUCGUAAGUUGAUUAAUGAAUCCAAAGCUGUUCGCCGUCCCCACCCCCUCACCCCUUUGGGUAGGAGAUUCCUUCCUUUGCUUCAUCAGGUAAAUGCCCUGGAACAAUCAAUGCUGGAUGCCCUUGUCCUGGACCGGGUGGAUUUUGUGAAGCUUUUGAUUGAGAAUGGGGUCAACAUGCAGAGAUUCCUCACCAUCCCACGGCUGGAAGAGCUUUACAACACGGUGAGUGACACUCGCAAGUUCCUUGUUAAACCUUGCUUUAAAACCACCUUGUUGGCUAUGGACAUGUCCCAUCAGGUGGAGUUUGGAGUAGGACAAUCAAACAAGCCUCCUGGAGGGGUUGAAAACAUGUCGAUGAGACUAGAAGAAGUGAACGAAAGGGAGCAUUUCAUGAAAGCUUCUCUCCAGACGGUGGACCUUCGGCUUUCUCAGCUGGAAGACACCUCUGGCCGCAUGGCAACUGCUCUGGAGAAACUGGCCGGCAUUGACACAUCGGAGCUGAUUCUCCCGCGUUCUCGGGCCUCCUCCGAAUGUGACGCGGCUUAUCUUUUGAGGCAAAGCAGCGUGAAUAGUUCGGACGGCUACAGCAUCUAUCGCUACCAGGCGGAUGAGCUGAUCGGUGAUACCUUGCCCACUCCGAUGUCUCCAGCGCUGGCGUUGCGCGAAGCAGAUCCCAAGAUGCAGCUGUCUCCAGAACGUCAAGGAAGCCUCCUUUCUGCCUUGGGCCCAAAUGCAGCGGCCUCUAUGGAAAGUAAGAACUCCUUAGAGGCCGUUCGGGCUGCCCCUAGCCCGUAUUCCAGUUCAGUAAACCCACAAGAUCAGUCUCCAAGUUAUGAGUCCGUAUCUCAAUCUCUUAUGCGAAUGGAUAGUAUUGAGAAGAGACGGUCUGGAACCCAACUGCUUCUGCAGAAAGCCCAGCUACCUCUAGGGAAGACCAAGCUGGAAGCCACCACCUCUUACCCCUUGGACGGGCCCAAAGCAAGGAGAUACUACCCAACCGAAACAGGCUACGCUUCUCAUGUCGCCCUAAUGAAGUCAAAGAGUUUUAUUCUUGCACAAGGCAGGGAAUUGGUUGGCGGGUACAAUAACUGGACGGUGAUGGACCAAGAAUAUAGGACUAUCAUGAACCAAGUGUGCCCUUCUGCGGUUCAGCCGUGGACCGCUGAAUGGAAGUACGAACUUCAGCAGAAAAUGGAUGAUGAGCCCCCUCCCAAAUAUCCAGGUAUUGUUCCUCAGCUGGAGGGUCAGGUAGAGCAAAAGUGUUUGAUGGCCAGCCCUGAAGAGGAUAGUGAGAUAGGCAAAGUUGAAGGCCUCAGUCUCUCCCCCGUGUCUUCACCACUCAUUCAGAGGAGGCCGUCAUGCAACAGACACUCGGUGAAGUCAGGAAGAGCCGGUAAAUAUCCACCUGGGCGGUCAAGGAGUUUACACAGCCGUUCUCAGAGAACCAAGUCCAUUAAGGAGAGGCUAAACAGGCCAGGACAUGCCAGUAGCAUCAGCAGUUUGAUGAUACCUUCGGGAUCUCCAACGGAGGAGUGGAAAACCAAUCAAGAAAAACCUUCCACAGAAACCGAAUGCUAA